CGAAAGGCGGGGCUAUGUGCAAGCUAGGCUGCUCUCGCAGGCUGCCUGGGCUAAACUUCACCAAAUAAUAGCUGUUUGUAUUUUGGCUGCUGCAGUAGCCAUUUUAGGUAGUGAAUGAACAGUUCUCAAGUGGCUGUUUUUCAAGGAUGACUUCGGAAACUGCAGUCAGCUAUGUCAAGACUUUUCUUGGUAAAUUAAGAAAUACAAAAGAAUACAGCUAAUGAAAAUACUGAAGAAAGAAAAGCAGAUGUCUGCCUCGACUGUAUUAAAGCACACUCCAUCAACAGUUGCCAUUGACCAAAAUGCACAGUCACUAUUUACAAGAAAGCAGUCAGAUCUGCAUGAUCAAGUAAGGGCCACUGAACUUUCCAGUUAUUUCACAUCUUCAACAAGGCACGAUUGCACAGGUGAGCAAAUGGAAAGUGUAAACUUAAACUUGGCAAAACCUGCAAAUGGUGUUGAGGAUGAUGGCGGAGGCUGUCGAGUAAAAAAAAAGCGUAAGAAAAAAGAAAGGAAUGAACCUGGUAGUGCAGCAAAUGGAGCAAGCAUAAAAGAAAUUAAACCAAAGAAGAAGAGAGAACCUAAGGAAAGUAAAGAACCCAGAAAGCCCAAGGAGCUAAAAAAAUCCAAGGAACUCAAACAACAAAAAGAUCCGAAGAAACCAAGAAAGCCUCGGGAGGCCAAGCUAUCCAAGGAAAAGUCAAUGACUGGUUUGAACCAGAAACACAAAAGUCGAAAGAACAGUAAAGAACAAGGCCCAACACCAGUGGAGAAAAAGAAGAAAGGAAAAAGGAAAAAUGAGAACUCUCUGGACAAUUUAGAAUCUGAUGAAGGACUCUCCCUGACUACAAAUAUCCCCAGUACAGAAGAUACAAAUGAUUCUGUGGACGGACAGAAGAGGCGAUCAGGCAGACAAGUGAAGCGCAGGAAAUAUAAUGAGGACCUGGACUUCAAAGUGGUCGAUGAUGAUGGUGAGACAAUUGCUGUGCUUGGAACAGGAAGGAUGCCAGCACUUUCAACAUCCACGCUAGCUUGGCAAGCAGAGGAACCCCCAGAAGAUGAAGCUAACAUAAUCGAGAAGAUCCUCUCUGUUCGUAUUGUAAAAAAAGAGACGUCGCCCAUUGAGCUGCUGAAUGAGACUGAAGAGUUUUAUGUGAAGUACAGAAACUUUUCUUACCUUCACUGUAAAUGGGCAACUCUUGAAGAACUUGAGAAAGAUCCAAGAAUACAUCAGAAGAUCAAACGCUUCCGAAAUAAGCAAGCGCAAAUGAAACACAUAUUUACUGAGCCGGAUGAAGAUCUAUUUAAUCCUGACUACAUUGAAGUGGACCGGGUUUUAGAAGUAGCCCACACAAAGGACACAGAGACUGGUGAGGAAGUUACACAUUAUUUGGUGAAGUGGUGCUCCCUGUCCUAUGAAGAAAGCACUUGGGAGCUGCAGGAAGAUGUAGAUCCAGGAAAAAUUAAAGAAUUUGAGGAUAUCAAAAAGAUUCCAGAAAAUAAGCCUGUGGAUCGUCCAGCUGCAGAUGCUUGGCAAAAGUUAGAAAAGUCACGAGAUUAUAAGAAUGGGAAUGAACUGCGAGAAUAUCAACUGGAAGGGAUGAACUGGCUUUUGUUCAAUUGGUAUAAUAGAAAAAACUGUAUCCUGGCUGAUGAAAUGGGGUUGGGAAAAACAAUCCAGUCCAUCACAUUUCUGUUUGAGAUUUUUCUGAUGGGACUUCGGGGACCAUUUCUUAUUAUUGCUCCUCUGUCUACCAUUACAAAUUGGGAGCGCGAGUUCCGCACUUGGACAGAUAUGAAUGUUAUUGUUUACCAUGGAAGCCAAAUCAGCAGGCAGAUGAUCCAGCAGUAUGAAAUGUUUUAUAAGGAUGAACAGGGGAUCACUUUGCCAGGCAUUUUCAAGUUUCAUGCAAUUAUCACAACUUUUGAGAUGAUUCUCGCUGACUGUCCUGAACUUAAGAAAAUCCAGUGGCGUUGUGUGGUUAUUGAUGAGGCUCACCGUCUGAAGAACCGAAACUGCAAGCUGUUAGAAGGAUUGAAACUCAUGAAUUUGGAACACAAGGUAUUACUUACUGGAACCCCUUUGCAAAACUCUGUGGAGGAGCUUUUUAGCCUUUUAAACUUCCUGGAACCCAAUCAGUUUUCUUCAGAAAACACCUUUCUUGAGGAAUUUGGAGAUCUAAAAACAGAGGAGCAGGUAAAAAAGCUUCAAGCUAUUCUUAAGCCCAUGAUGCUAAGAAGACUAAAAGAUGAUGUGGAGAAGAAUCUUGCACCGAAAGAAGAGACCAUCAUUGAGGUUGAGCUGACCAACAUUCAAAAGAAGUACUACAGGGCGAUACUGGAAAAGAACUUUACCUUUCUGGCAAAGGGAGCCAAUCAGCACAAUAUGCCCAACCUCAUUAACACAAUGAUGGAGCUGAGAAAGUGCUGUAACCACCCAUACCUGAUCACGGGUGCUGAGGAGAAAAUUUUAGAGGAUUUCCGAAAAAAACACAACCCAGAGGCCUGGGAUUUUCAAUUGCAAGCAAUGAUCCAGGCAGCUGGAAAACUGGUUUUGAUAGAUAAACUUCUUCCCAAGUUAAUAGCUGGAGGACACAAGGUGCUUGUCUUCUCUCAGAUGGUACGCUGUCUAGAUAUCUUGGAGGACUACCUCAUUCAAAGAAGGUAUACCUAUGAGCGAAUUGAUGGUAGAGUUCGAGGAAACCUGCGGCAAGCUGCAAUUGAUCGAUUCUGUAAAGCAGACUCAGAUCGGUUUGUGUUCCUGCUGUGCACUAGAGCUGGAGGCCUGGGUAUUAACUUAACUGCUGCUGAUACAUGUAUCAUUUUUGAUUCAGACUGGAACCCACAGAAUGAUCUGCAGGCUCAGGCUCGCUGUCACAGAAUAGGUCAGAGUAAAGCAGUCAAGGUUUAUCGUUUGAUCACACGUAACUCCUAUGAGAGAGAGAUGUUCGACAAGGCCAGUCUAAAGCUGGGUCUGGAUAAAGCUGUACUGCAGGACAUUAACAGGAAAGGCAGCACUAAUGGGGUUCAACAGCUUUCUAAGAAGGAAGUAGAAGAUCUUUUACGGAAAGGGGCAUAUGGAGCACUUAUGGAUGAGGAAGAUGAGGGUUCCAAGUUCUGUGAGGAAGAUAUUGACCAAAUCUUGCAACGCAGGACGCAAACAAUUACCAUCCAGUCAGAAGGGAAAGGUUCUACUUUUGCCAAGGCAAGCUUUGUAUCUUCUGGAAACAGAACAGACAUAUCUUUGGACGAUCCUAAUUUCUGGCAGAAGUGGGCAAAAAUUGCAGAACUGGAAAUUGAGUCUAUUGAUGAAAAGGAGAGCUUAGUGAUUGACACACCUCGUGUAAGGAAGCAAACUAGACAUUAUAACUCAUUCGAGGAUGAUGAGUUGAUGGAGUUCUCAGAGCUGGAUAGUGACUCUGAAGACAGGCCUUGUCGUACCCGACGUCUAAAUGAACGAAACCGACGCUACAUGCGAGCAGAGUGCUUUAGGGUGGAGAAGAAUUUGCUCAUAUUUGGCUGGGGCCGCUGGAAGGACAUCCUUACACAUGGCAGAUUUAAGUGGCACUUGGCAGAGAAAGACAUGGAAGUAAUAUGUAGAGCACUUCUAGUAUAUUGCGUGAAGCAUUAUAAAGGAGAUGAGAAAAUUCGAAGUUUCAUCUGGGAUCUCAUUACACCUACUAAGGAUGGCCAGAACCAAGCUUUGCAGAACCAUUCAGGUCUGUCUGCUCCAGUUCCACGAGGGCGUAAAGGGAAAAAGAUGAAGAACCAGAUGUCACUUCCUGAAAUAAAGAAUGCUGACUGGUUAGCAAACUGCAAUCCUGAGACUGUACUCUGUGAUGAUAGCUACAAGAAACAUCUGAAGCAGCACUGUAACAAGGUUUUACUUAGAGUCAGAAUGCUUUAUUACUUGAAGUCAGAAAUACUUGGGGAGGCAGCAGACAAAGCAUUAGAAGGCAUUUCUGCAAGUAAACUAGAUAUCGUUCUCCCAGAUAUUGACUACGUGGAGAUUCCAGCACACUGGUGGGAUGCAGGCGCUGACAAGUCGUUAUUAAUUGGUGUCCACAAACAUGGUAAAAAUACAAAUGUGAUUUAUGAAGUAAUUAUAAGCAUGGAUGUCGACAUUGGUUUAUCCUCAUCUUUGCCAUGUUCACUUGACCAGACAGUUUUUGUGGAGCCUAUAACAGAGGAACGUGCUGCUAGAACACUAUAUCGUAUUGAGCUGCUGCGGAAGGUUCGGGAGCAGGCGCUGAGACACCCUCAGCUGGGUGAGCGUCUUAAAUUGUGCCAGCCCAGUUUGUACCUCCCAGUUUGGUGGGAGUGUGGCAAGCAUGACCGAGACCUCCUCCUUGGUGUUGCCAGACAUGGUCUCAGUCGCACAGACUACUACAUCCUUAAUGACCCCCAGCUUUCCUUUUUGGAGGCACAUAGGAAUUAUGUCCAGAAGGAGAAUAAGUGUCAGUCUGCGGCUACAACCCAUUGCUGCCUGUAUAAAGCCAGUAUCAGUCAGCAAGGAUCUCUGGUAGACUAUCCAUGUGGUCAUACCCUGAUGGAACCUACUGGGGUCAUUGAUGAUCCUUUAUUAGAUGUUGUACAUACUCAUAAAGAUCCAUAUAUGGAGUGCAGCUCCAUCGAUGACUCCAUGGACCUUGUUUCUCUUCAUCCAGAUGAGAGCUUAGGAGCAGUGGACACUUUACACAACAAAUCUGCAAAAGGUGCUACUAAUGGCUUCCCUUUCAAGACUGACACUGGUGGCCAGAACAUGUUAAAUACGUACAGCGUACAGAAUGAUGUACAAGGUGAAAUGGAGUCAGUUGAGAGUAAAUUACAGGCUUCUGCAGAUAGCAGUGAUCCAGCCCACUGUGACUCUGAUUUGAUGGGUGCUUCUGAGGACCUAGAUGAGUUUCAAAGCCAGUGGGAAAGUGGCCAGCAUUCUAGUGGCACUGAUAUGUUUAAUGAGUCUGAUGCUAUCUUAAGUGGACAGACCUUGGAAAGCGAAUUCUUGGAUUCCACUCAUCAGGAUGAGUCCAGAGUGGACAGCAGCUUGGCUGACUGCAUGAUGAUACCAAACCUGGGUUCACAGAGUAGCACUGUGGAUAAUUUACAGACGAGUUUCAUGUUGUUUAAGGACCUUGCCACUUCAGAUCAAAAUGGAGUCUUGAAUGAUGACCAUUGUGUGUCAGGAUGCCUGCCACAUGGUGUGGCUGAUGCAGAAUUACAUAAUGACAGUGCAAGCAGCCCACAGGAGAAUGCUGGUGAUAAUGGGGAAAAGAUGAGUGAUUCAGAUGUUACUCAUAGUGUCCCAAGCCCAUGUGACGGACCAGAGAGAGUAAACUUGGAUUUUGAAAAAGAAGAUCUUUCUCAAGAUGAUCGAAGUAAUGCAGAAGUCACAGAAGAAUGCAUACAGCAGACUGAGUACUGUACCUGUGAUGUUAGCAGCAAUCAAACUCAUCAGAGUCUAAAAAAUGAACCAUUGUUGCUGCCACCUGCUCUGUUAGAUGGGGAAGCAGAAAGUGAGUCCAAGGACAAUAUAUCAGAGGAGAAAGUGCCAUAUUUAGAGGCAGGAAUGCAGAAAGAGAAACUUGUGCAUUUAUCACCUAAGCAAGAAAACCUAGAGGAGAUUGAUGGAGUGCUGAAAGAAGUCAAGGAGGCCGAAGGUCAGACUAAAGGGGAGGAAAACUGCGAAGAAGAGAAAUAUGGGAGCAGGUGUAUCCAAAGCAAUGCUGCUCAGGAAAUUCGAGAGCCCACUAUUGCACAGCUGCUACAGGAAAAAGCACUUUACUCCUUUUCAGAGUGGCCAAAGGAUAGAGUAAUAAUAAAUCGGAUUGAUAACAUCUGUCAAGCCAUCUUGAAAGGAAAAUGGCCGUCUUCUAGUCAGCAGUUUGACUCGCCUACCUUCGUUUCCACUCCGGGUUUGCAAAACAACAUUGCUCAGAGGAACACUUUCCUUCCUUCUCGGAUGCCAUCAAGCACAAAUCUCAGCUUUAAUAUUGGAGCAUCUGUUUCCCACCUGGCUAAGGAUGGAUUGAUGGGCAUUCCCUACUUGCGGGAUGUAAAACAAGCCAAACGGGGAUUUGAAUUUGAACCAGAAGUCACCUCCAAGUUAGGCAGGAUUGAAAAAAUUCCUAUUGCUAUUACUCACGCCAGUGCUCCAUUGGUUCUAAAUGGUUGGCAGGAGACUGCUAUAGACCUGUCGAAAGCUGGGGACCUUAAUGCAAGCCCUUCCCAAAUGCACCUCAGCAGUGGAGCAAAUAAAAUGGGUUCCAUCAGUGCACUCCAGAGCACACUUGGGAUGGACAUGGCUGGCAUCCUGCAAGCAGGGCUUAUUCACCCGGUGACUGGACAGAUUGUCAACGGUAACCUGCGGCGGGAUGAUGCUGUCAUGAGGAGAAGGCGUGGGCGUCGGAAGAAUGUAGAAGGUGUGGACCUCCAGUUUUCUAAAAGCCAAAGCUUUCAGGAGCAGAAUGGAGAUGGUGAUCAAAAGCAGGGCAUAACUGGAAAUGUUCAACCAGAAAAGCAAAACUCCACUAGCCAUUCUCCUCAGGCUGAGAGAAGCACAGUUGACAGAGAUGUACCUAAUAAAAGCUUGUUGGAAUGGCUAAGGCAGAACCCAAACUAUAGUAUGGAGAUGCAUCAAUUCCCUCAUAAUGUUGGGAUUCUACAUGGAUUUGCAGAGCGGCCAAAACAGAGAAGACAUCGUUGCAAAGAUCCCAGCAAGUUAGAUGUAAAAUCUUUGACUGGAGAAGAAAGAGUCCCUGUGGUUCAUAAAGGAACCGGAAGAAGGUUGGGAGGAGCAAUGGCCCCAGCAAUGAAAGAGCUCUCUCGGUGGCUUGAUGCAAACACUGAUUAUGCUGUGGCUCCAGACUGGGCAGAGAUUGUCCGGCACUCGGGUUUCUUACCAGAAGGGAAGUUCAACAGAAUUCUCACAGAGCCAGUGUCCAGGGACUUGGGUCCAAGGAGACGUGGUAGGCGUCCACGAAGCGAAAUAAUCAAAUCAGCUGGAAUAAUGGCAGAUUCUUCAUCUACAGUGGGUCCUUUAUUCAUGAAUGGACUCAUCAGUGGCAUGGAUUUGGUGAGCCUUCAGAACCUGAGGAACAUGCAGAGCAUUCCUCUGACUGGAGUUAUGGGGUUUCCUCAUAGCUUUGCUGCAGUUUCAGCAGGGGAGGAUCCCAAAAACAGUGUAAACAUGUUGCCUAUGAUGCUACACAGUAUGGCAACUGUUCAGCCACACAUGUUUAGUGUUAGCGGACUGCUGAACCCAAUGGUGACAACAGCAGCAACCACUGUAACACCAACAGUAACCUCUACAUCGGAGAGCACAGCCAACAGUAGUGACUCCUCCAGUACAGAGACAGCAUUGACAGACAAGGAGAGACCAGAAGAGUCAAAAAAAGAAGAUAAAGCAUCUGAGGAAAUUUCGAACAGCUCUGGUACCAUCCCUGGGACAAGCAAUCACCCCGAAACCACAGUAACCACAACUGGCACUUUAGCAUUUAAUCCCUUUCUGAUCCCAGGAAUGUCCCAUGGACUGUUGUAUCCGCACAUGUUCCUUCCUCAUGGUAUCAGUAUGGCACUACCUGGGAUGCAGCCUGCAAGUCCCUCAGAUGGUUCCAACACAGAAAGCCCCAAGCGCAAAAAGAGGAAAGUCAAAGACGAGUGUGGGACAGAGAUUACUGCCAGCACUGGACAUAAGGCUGAAAGUGCUACAUCACCUCAAAUAACUCUGGAAAAUCAGACUGAAGCCAGCACAAAGUCUGGCGAAUCAGAAUCCUCUUGUGGGUGUGAGCCAGAAAGAAAGCAGGAAGAAGAGGGGUGGGAUUUGCAUGAAGGGGAAGUGGGAAAUCAAAUUAAAGGUGAUGUGUUCCAUUAGACCACCUCUAGUACUUUACUACAAAGUUACCAGUUUGUGGUGUGUAGGUGAGAGAUAAUACAUGUAAAGUCUUUUAAUAUCACUUAUUAAUGUUUCUAGCUCUCCACAGUCCUUGAUUUGUGAUUGUACUAGCCCCACCCAUUUCAAGUUGGUUACAUAAAACAUAACACUAAAUGGUACUUAAGGGUAAAGCAUGCAUAGGCAUGCAUCCCGACCCUUAAGACCAACCUGCUGUCUAGGGUUUGAAUGGAGUAGUAUUGAGUUAUCUAGCUGCAACACGCACACAUUGCAUCUUGGGUUUUUUUUUGAUGGUAUAUGAACAUUGGUUGACAAAUCCAAGGCGGAAACAUUGGGAUGAAAGAAACUGUUUAUUCAUCUCCACCUUUCCCAUUUUAAACUUAUUAAUACUGAUAAUGUUUUUCUUCUCAUUUGCAUACUUCACUGCUCAUGCUUUCUUGCCUUUUCCUGCUCAGUACAGACUUGUACAGUUUCCUUCACACCAUUUAGUAUUAUGUUAAGGCAAUGCCAUUAUUUUUAUUACCCACUCUAUUAAGAACCUAAAAGUGGAAAAAGGUUGAAUCAAAUUAAAAAUCAUAAUGUCUGGUAUUUGUUAGCACGCCUCUGAAGAUUUUUGAGUUCUUAUUUUAAUCAGCACAUGAGGUAUUUUAAACAAUACGUACCUUUUUGCACAUUUUUGAUUUAGUAGCGUUUAUUUUAAAAAGAUUACAAACUCCAAAAAAAAAAAAAAAAAGAAUUCUUGUCAAUGAUGGUCACUUUUCUAAAUGAUCAUAUUUACUACAGGUUAACCUACAGUGCUAGGUUAUAAUGAUAAUUUUAGUGCCAUAGUGGGAAUCUGUUGGAUUACAGUAUCUUUUAUUACAGUGCAGGUGCACAUAAGCGCAGUUCAGGGUAGAGGAGAAGUUCAUGUGAAUGACAUGAAAAUAAAGAAAGAGUAGCCCAUUUGUUGGUGGGUACAGAAGAAAGGCCACAAAGCCAAGUUUAAUGUAUGUAUAACCUCCCCUAUUUUACAAUACUAGAGCAGUAGAAUUAAGCAUAUAUGAAAAGUUUUAAAAUAUCUAUUUUCUUAAUGUUUCAAAAAGGCCUUGUCUUUUUUUUAUCUUCUGCCUAAUGUUUAUGUUACACAUUAUAUUAUGCCUUGCCAGUACUUUUUGUUGUUUGUUUUUAAUAGUAUCUCACUAUAUAUAAAGGCUGGAAUUCUUUUAUUAUCCAAAAAUCUAAUCCUCAUUGUUACCUUACCACUGCCACAUUUUCAGUUUUACUUCAGUCACUUAAAAAGGGUCUUUUAUUCUUACUCUUACAUAAAUACUUCUAUUUCCCCAUGUAUGUAUUCUUAAUAUGUAUUUCCUUUGUACUAGUGCAGAUGACCUCAUCAUUGCUAUUAAGUGCCAGCUUGGUUCCCUUUUCCUUUUUAUACUUACUGUUGUCAUUUUUGUGUUACUUGUCUGAAUAGGUAGAUUUUAAAUAUGAAUCAUCACAUGUAGUUUGGUUAUCUGGAGGAUCCAUCAUUCUGCGUUUUCCCAGGAGGAAAUUCACAGAUACUUACCUUUGUCUUGUUUAAUUAGAAAGUAUGAUAAAAUCCUUCAUGACAAAAGCCUUAUUUAAUGUUUUUGCUUGUAUGCAGAUGGUUUAUGAUAUGUGUGCAAUUUCAGUUGCUUACAAUUGGUCCUUCGAAAAGAAAAAAGUACUGGUGCGUUUUGUUUUUUUUUUUGUAUUGUUUUUUUUUUUUCUCUUUCUACACCAGGGCACAUAAUAAAUUAGUGCCUAUUAUUCGUGUUCAAGACUGGCUUGUAUUGUCUGUAUCUUGGCAUGUUGUUGGUAUUGUCAUGUUGUUGUCCAGUUUUUUUUUUCUUGGGGGUAAAACAAAAAAGCAGUUACUGCCUUACUGGGAGAAGGAAAAGAACAUAGGCAAGAUAUGAUGAAAUGCAGCUACAUUCUACCGACUCAGAGCUCAGGGUUAGGGUCCCUGUUAUUUUAAUCUCCUGCAUAGCAUGGGUGCUGUCUGUUCAUUUUCUUUAACAUAAUGUGAACAAUAGCUGUGGUACCCUCUUUGGGCAGCUAGACAAGGUACAAGUACAGCUGGCUGUACUCUUCUGCAGCUUCACACCUCAACUACUGCAAAUAGUUAGCUAAAACAGGUCUUCCCAUAGUAAUUCAUUUUUUAAUGUUGUCAUUAUUUUAGUACAAUUUGAGAAAGUGUGAAGUUGGAAACAUUGUAAAGGAGUUGGCCUCCUUGUACCCUCUUACACAUAAAAUUCAUCUAAUCAACAAAAGAUAACCGUCAUUCCAUUGUAACUCUUUAAAAUAUUCAUCCAUUCAUAAUUUUGGUUCUAAAGUGUUAUAGACAAUCAUUUUAUAAAGAGUCUCUUCUCAACAUACUAGGUUAGGCUUAAUUUCGUUGGACCAAAUCCGACAAGAAAGUAAGAUGGUCACGGAGUCCAUUCAGCACUCCAUCCACAUUCUAACCAUCGUAUCAAGAACAGGUUUGCAGGGAACCAGUGCCUUUGUUGGCAGAACUGGGCAUGAGAUAGAAAUCAACCCUGGGCAAGAUAGCGGUCCCUCUCGGAGCACACUUGCCCAUACCCACCAUCACUGAUUCAUACACUAGGCCAAUCAGAGUUGUCAUUUAACUUUACACAUAUAAGAAACAGGUAGACUUUUGCUAAAGUUAAACAUGUUUUAAUUUGCACAAUUUUACCUAAACUAUUUUAGAGAGUGCUUUUUAAUGUGCAUAUUCUUUGAACAUAUUUUAAAGAUUUUUUUAAGACAGAGGCUAUGAAGUACCAGUUCUGUUUUAGUGCAUUUCUGAAUAUGCUCUUUAUGUGUAAAUGCAUAUGCAGCAUAUGCUUGAAAGAUAAAUAACUCCUUAAUGUGAUAAGCUAAGGGCAGUCAUAUUCUUGAAUUAUUUUUCCAAACAUUUAAAGUACAUUUUUUUUGUAAAUUUACAGAAUGUACUGUAUGUGCCGUGGAAUUUAGUAAUUUCCAUUAUUCACCUACAGUUUUACUUUGCCAUCUUUGCAUUGUUUUGAUGCCAGAAAUAUAACCAGAAAGCUUAACCAUUUACUUGAUUGUAAAUAGAAAAAUUACUGGAUUUGAUGCAAAGCUACAGUGAAAGGGAACCUUCAAAAGUCCUCUGAUAAGCUGCAAAAAAGAGGUGAGGAAGGACAUUGUUUCUCAUUCUUAUUUGUUUAAAUGUGUUUCUUUGUAGGAUGUUCCCUGCAUUAUUAAAUAUGUGGACAGGCCUAAGAAAAUUUGCUGUUUUAGGAAUCUAUCUGGUUUGUCAUCUUCUUUGGGCUUGUUCAUCGAUCUUUGUGGCAACGGCAUCUAUCAACUACAGAUUUCAUCUUUUAUGAGCAGUUGUACAAACUUGAAAAGUUUUUCAUCGAGUGAUUUCCCUUUUAUGAGGUUUUCUUUUUAUUACAGUCAGUUUAUUUUAUCAUGAUUAUUAUUAACUCAUAAUUACUUUAAAUAUUCACAGUAGGACUAACAAGUUCACUACUUGCAAACAAACUGGCUUGAGGCUUAGCUGCAAGUGCCAUCUCUCUGGCUUGUAUAGGCCUGAUGGUCCACAGUUAAUCUGCAAAUAGAGAGACAUUCCCACCAGUGAUUGAAGGUCCAUGCCUCAGGUGACAGUGAAACCAGUUUGCUGAAGAUUUACAGCCUCAUCCUAGCUUUUCACUGACUCCCAAUUCUAGGUAUCAUUUUAAAAACUUGAAGUUUUCUAAGCAGUGCAAAAGAAUAAAAAAAAGGUUGAUGACAGUGUUGUAAUAUUUAUUCCGUUUACAUGUUGUCUCUCUAUUUACUAUGUUUGUAGUCCUUUUCUGUUACUUGUUGAAUAAUCCAAAGGUCCAAUAUUUUGGAGUCAAAUAUUUCAGAUUUAUUUAUUUUACAUUUCAUGGUUAUCAUUGUUCCUUUUUUACCUCUUAAGUUAUAUAUGUAAAAGGCAAAACUUUGAUAUUGCAAGCAAUCUAAAGAUAUUAGCAUAUAAAUAUAUCCAUCUAAGGUUUUCUGUUAUCAAGCCCUUUCAGUUUAAUUUUGUAAACAAAACAGCUGAAGUUUCUUCAGCGUAAUGCUGCAAUUAUUUUUGAAAGCAUUAAGUUGUUCUUCAGUCAAUACAUGAAUUUGUUCACAACUGUCUGAGAGCAGGAACUUUCUUUUAGUUUGUAUCAUUCCUUUAAGAAUGCAUGUUUUAGCACAUAUUGAUUUUAUUGUUCAAAAAUUGAGGGCAAGUUGAAAGACAGAUGAGAAACUUUUUUUAUUAUUAUUGUUUUUGUUUUAUUUUUUUUUAACACCACGGGUGCAAUAAAAAGCACUCAAGGUGCUGCCUUUGUGGGCUAUGUGCUAUUAUGUACCCCAAGCCUGCUAAGACAGGGAGUUUCUACAGGCACCUUGAAGCGCUUUCUAAGGUAAUCAGAUAUAGUGACAUCAAUUGUGCAUAUUUUCAUACAGAAAUGUAAAUAUAUGCUAAGGAUAAAAAGAAAACUUAAAAAUAAUAAUUUACUGUACCUUAAACUGUUUUGCAAUGUGGGGUUAAAAGUAGAUAGAGGUAUAUACUGUAUGUGUUAUUAAAAAAAGAUGAUUUUAAAAAGAAAGACCUAAACUCAGACAGCAGCUGUAUUUGCUCAUUUUAAUUUCUGUAUUAUGUGCUUGGCCUCACAAUGAGCCAUCUGUGGGGUCAUUUAGGCACUCCAAGUGGCAGGAUCCAGGUAAACGUCUGUCAUAGACUGAUAGUAAAUUAUAGAGGCUCAAUCUAUAUAGAUUUGAAUUCAGCUUCAUGGUUUACAUGCUGUUUCAAGUUACUUUGUUGGAAAAGCAACUGUAAUUCCAUGUGGACCAAUCACAACACCCAGAGUCUGACAUGUGAUCUUUUAUUGUGCAAUAAAAGAUGACUUUCAACUUUUA